ACGGGGGCCGCCCGCAUGGACGCCAGGCGCCGGGCACCCAGCAGGCGGCUGCACCCCUGUGGGAUUACUGUACUGGCCCUCCUCUCUCUGCUCAGCUGCCAGCUCCCCUCCGGCAAGGCCAAGGUCUACAGCCGCUGCGAGCUGGCCAAAGUGCUACACGACUUCGGUCUCAAUGGAUAUCGUGGCUAUGGCCUGUCUGACUGGGUCUGCCUCGCUUACUUUACCAGUGGUUUCAACACAGCCGCCGUGGACCACGAGGCUGAUGGAAGCACCAACAAUGGCAUCUUCCAGAUCAACAGCCGCAGGUGGUGCAAAAACAUUUCCCAGAAGGCCCUCAACUUGUGCCGGAUUUACUGCUCUGAUUUGCUGAACCCUAACCUCAAGGAUACUGUUCUGUGUGCCAUGAAGAUAAGCCAGCAGCCCCUGGGGCUGGGUUACUGGGAGGCCUGGAGGCAUCACUGCCAGGGCAAGGACCUCAGCGACUGGGUGGACGGCUGUGAAUUCUAG